AAAUUUACAGAGAAAAGUGCACUAUAUAAACGGUGCCACUGUUACAGGAAGUUCAUUCUGGUCGACAAGCUGAGGACGGUUAACUAUACAGGCAACAGCUAGUGGGAAAAGAUAAAAGGUAAGUUAAGGUAAGGUAUUGUAUUGUGUUUCUUUCCAAAGCUUAGUAAAUUCAUUAAUUUUGAAUGUAAUAAAGCGGGUUUGCAACCGCUUGGAUUGCAGCUCUGAUGAUGAAAUUUCCACACAACACAUUCGUGAAUGUUGGAGUAUUGCUGGUGCUGUUGAUUGCUGUCGGAAGCUUACAACCAGUAAGCGCAAAGCGGUACUGUGGUGAUCAGCUGCCGAAGAUACUUGCCAUGCUGUGUGUGGAAUAUUUUUCAUUAGAAGAUCUCCGAAAGAACACAGUUGAAUUUUAUAGCCCUGUGACUUCAAACCAGUUCCCAGGUUCGCAGUUAGACUGGGACUUUAGUGAGAAUGGGUUUAAAAGGAACUUUAAUGUGCCAUCACGCUACAAUCACUUGGAACCGGUGGAGGAUGAGUUUGAACCAUCGAUGUGGUUCAGGCAGAAACCCUACCAUCGGUUCAUGGUACCUCACCUGAAGACACGGUUCCGAAGAGAUGUCGCGGACGAAUGCUGCCGGGAGGAUUGCAGUAUGGCUCAGCUGCUGUCCUAUUGUAAGGUGGUGGCACCAGGAGUGGUGCCCACUUAGUACAUUAUAGUACGAUAUCUUAUUUGUUGAAACGAUAAAAACAAAACUUAAAGGGAUAAAUGAGCAGCCAAGAGACUUGUGAGCAAACAGUAGCGUUAUAGAUUCUGAGUUUUAUAAUCGAAUCGAAUUCGAAGCGAAUGGAAUAAUUAGUUACCAUUAUGAUAGUAUGCUAGCGCAUGGAAGUUUUAUGACGGAAAGCACCGUGUGAAUAUGUAAUAAACUUUAAAUAAAAUUUAUCAUUCUGCAAAUGAUGGUUUGUGGUAGUUUUUUAUACUUUUCUUCUUACCUACACUUAUCGAAUAGCCAAAAAGUAGCUUAAUUAUGUUUUUUAAUUCAUUAAAUUGCUUUUUAAUAAAAUUGGGAUUAAAACAAGCAAAUAAAUAGCAUAACAGUUAUUUUAGGUGGAUACUAGGACCAGAACCCAACGGUCUAUUCGAUAGAUGCGUCAGCUCAUGCAAGACCGGAUAUAAUUGAUUCUCAUCCGGUCCGGCUACAACUAGUGGUAGUGAAAGCUAGAAUUACGAAUUUAUUAUCACAAAUCAUCAUUAUUAGACCCUUAUGCAGAAUUAUUUAACCGUUAAGUAAAAAGAAAAUGUAAUAAAAAUAGACCAGAAUUUUCAUUAAAAAUCCAAAUUUGAAUACAAUCUUCGAAAUUUCGUGUGAGAAAACAUAGAUAUUAUGAUUACACAUUCUAUGGCCUGAGAAAUCAGUUCACCUCAAAGAACCUGUUCCGACGGACGAAACUGGAACUAUGUAGGACCUAUUUAUAGUAACGGUACUCACAUACGCCUCUGAGAGGGGGACACUGUCCAAAUCUGAAGGAAGAUGCUCAGAAGGAUUCUUGGCCCCGUAUGUGCCGAAGGACAAUGGAGGAGCCGCUAGAAUGACGAGCUAUACGAGCUGUACGGCGACCUCACCGUCGUGCAACGUAUUAAGCUCGCCAGGCUCCAGUGGGGUGGUCAUGUUGUACGGAUGGACAGAUGAGGUGUGGUAGGACCAAAUGAAGGUGGCAAGACGGCGUUAAGGUCGGGAUAACGGAAUGGCAGACGAAGGUGCAAGACAGUGAGCGGUUUCGAACACUCCUGAGUCAGGCCAAGACUGUAAAGCAGUUGUAGUGCUGGAUAAUAUUCAUUUUUAUUUCUCGUGGCCGCAUCAAAAAUCUUCAAAGUGACUUAACUUCAACGCCAAACGAACGAAAAAGCUAUACCACAUGACAGCUCUAAUGAAUAUCGAUCGUUAUUUUAUUUAUUAGAGUAUUUAUUAGAAAUUAAAUCAGUAAGUUAAUUAGAACCAUGCAUUUUUGCAAUACUACCUUAGCAAUGCAUCACAAUUGCGCCAGAUAUAUCUGUUUGUUCACGGUUUUUUGCAAACGAGAAUAGUUCAUUAUUUAUUGCUAUUGUUAUUUUCGUGUAAAGCUAGUAACUUGAAAUGAAAAUAUUCGCUAAUUGUUCGAAAAUGUUCAAUCCUGCUAAUUCCUGUAGUCACAUUGAUAUGGCAAGUAAUGGGAAGCCUUUUACUAGGAAAAUAAAUCAUUAAAUAAUUAAAAAGAUGCACUUUACUACAUUUGUAAUGAAGAUGGUUGUAUGACCAUUAGGAAUUGGGAUUAAAAUAUUUAAAUUCAACAAAUCGUCUUCCCACUUGGCGGGGGGGGGGG